UUAAUUGUUUUGUAUAUUUUCAAUAAACAUUAAUAGUUAUAUUGAUUUUUUCCACUAGUUUACACUUUGUGUAUUGGAGUAUAAAUAUAAAAAGUGAGCCAAAUAUAUCAUUGAUAUAUGUUGACGCGGUUCUUCGCCAACAGGUAAUUAAGAGAAGAGAAAGGGACUAGUACUGAAAGUAGAACCGUCACAGAUAUGAAAUCUUAUAGGAUGAACUAGGUGACUCGAGACACUUUUUUUAAGUGGUUCGAAGGUUAAAAUCCUCCUACUCCACUAGUCAAUAUUAUUGAUAUCUUCUGGGUAUUUGGUUUACACAGUAUAUAGUUCUUCAAAGACUAUUUUUCCCAACCCCUAUCAACUCUCAGGGUCUCCAUAUUUAUAGGAGAAGGCACCUGGAAGUUGGUAGGGAGGUCAUCCCGUGACCUUACCAUUUGUCAUAUCAACUCUGUGACAUUCAUGAUUAAUUCCUAAACCUGACACAUAAGUGUGGUCUAAUCAGCAUGGAAGGAGAGAAUGGGCCGCACGGCCCAAUCCAGCUGUGGGUGUCUGAUACGCACGUUCUUGCUGCGUAUCCGAGAAGUCAGGGGGAUAUCGGACACGUGAUGUCAGAUAUAUGCACGUUUAUCUUGCGUGUGUUGACUUUGUAGAGGGUCAGAGCUUCGUGGGCAGCCCGUGCCAUGAGAAGCUCGUAAUACGAGCUUCUCCCCUGAUCUGACCUUAGGCCUUCUGAUAAUGGGCAAUUUGGGCGAGCUAAUAUCCUCGGUCUGUGGCACCUCGGACUAAACUUGACUAAUCUGAGGCACGACCUUCUAAUCAGCCCGUGGGAAAACCAGGGCGUACAUCUGCCCCCCAAGCUCCUGCUCGUGGUACGUGAUGUCAUAUAUAGGAGACCACAGUAGGGGCUUUCAGACUUUCCCCACAACCCUUCACAUUCCAUUCUUUUCGCAGGCGUCUGACACGUGGAACAUCGUGGGUGGCGACGGUACGUUUUACGAGAACCGCAUUUAAUGGCCUAGCCUAUUGCCCAGCCAUCGCUUCAGGUUUCGAGUGGAAGGCCUCGGAUCCCUCACUAGGGUCACCCAAGGGUCUUCUACACGUGAUCCUUUCCUGGUAUAAAAGGGGGUGGCCACCCUACGCACGGGCCACCCUUUCAUUCAAAAAAUUCUCAAAUUUCCUUCUUCUUUCUCUGAUCUUCCGAAGAACGAAACCCUCACCUCUGCUGCCCCCACUCUCCUUGUUCAGGAAGCUUAGGCGCACAAGUUUCUCCAAAGCUUUGGAAGCCACUGCACCGACGAAGCCCUCACCAGCGCAACACUCUCGCUCAUCAUCCAGCAAUACACUGUAAGUUUUCUGACCCUGUCCGUUUUGAAAAUAUGCUACUGUAGCUUAGGUAAGAAAAUUUUUACUGUAGUCGCAUGCAUGGGGUUUCUGGGUUGCGUGGGUAUGGAGGGUGACAGCCCUUUUUAGACUAGGGCACUCUUAUAGUAGGAAAUCGCCUUGGGGCAUGGGUUUCAAAAUGCUCCUUCAGGAACCAUUUCUGGGUAGGAUCUCUAGAAAUUUUGGGUGCAAAACCAGGUAGCUUAGGGAAUACGCCUCAAAAGCGGUUUUGCAACGUUCUGCCUGCUGAAACUUUCCCCCCAAGGCAAGUUUUUACUCUGAACCUCCUGACACACGAAUUCCGAGUAAUCAGGGAUCUGUUAAGGGCAUAGGCGCGUGUUCAUUGUACUGCGUGGUUCCACUCUCCCCCGGGCUGGGCUUACCUCAGCUUGGGUAACGAAUAAUUGCUUCGUCCUCCCGCUUGGGUCGCCUUUUCUAAAGUGUUUCUUUUGUUCGAUAGGCGACCAGAUGGCCCCGAAGAGGAAUCUGCCCCAGAAGAACGUGGGAAGCUCGGCCUCCCAGAAAGAGAAAGGAAAGGCGGUGGUGCCUAGCUCGCCGAUUCCCCACUUUGGGCCGGCCGUGGAAAAAAAGGUCGAGGUUGCCCCCGACGCGUUUUUCGAGGCGGAGAGAAUCGUCUCGAAGGUAACCGACCAGGCAAAGAUCACCAAAAUCUUCCUCAACCACAACAUUCCCCUGGGGAGGGCCUCCGUAAUUGCCCGACCUGCUGCGGAGGGUGAGCGGAGCUGCACGCCGCUCGAUGAGUCGUUCGCGGCCUGGAGCGGUGAACACUUCAAGGCAGGGGCCUUCCUCCCCCUGGAUCAGUACUUCGCUGAUUUCCUGAAUUAUGUGGGGUUGGCCCCAUUUCAGCUCCCUCCCAACUCUUACCGUCUGCUGGCGGGGUUGAGGUAUUUAUUUCAGAGGCAUGAGUGGGAGGUCCCCACUCCUGCCGACAUACUAUACUUCUUUUGCCUCAAAGCCAGCCCGGACCAGCGGGGGCGAGGCGACGGGUUCUAUUACUUAACCCGUUUCCCUAAUACGGCGGCGGUCAUCGAGCUGCCAAGCCACCCGAAUGACUUCAAGGACCAGUUCUUCAUGUCAACUGGGUUCCGCAAUUGCGAUCAUCAUUACUUUAAUCACCCUCCCAUCUACGCGAGGACCGAAAAAUCUGCGACCCUCGGGGGUCAAUACGAAACACUGGCGAGCUUGCCCCCCAGUGAGAAAGACUAUCGCGCGCUCGUGACGGACGAGACGAUGGUAUACUGCAAGCUGAUUUUCCCAAAUCAGACUUUGAACUUGAAGAGGCCCCGGGGGCCGCCCCCAGCUCGCGACAACCGACUGACCGUUGUGGAGGAGAUUGCCGACGAUGAAGGUGAGGAGGAGGGCGACGAGGUUCCUCUCGUGAUGAACAGGAAGAGGACCUUUGAGGUCGCCCAGAGGAUGGGCGAGGAGAGGGUCCAAUCCGGAGCAGUCGCGGGUCCUUCUGGCCAAGGUAACCCUUACUUAUUUAAGAAUGUAGAUAGGGCCACUGCAGACCCCCGUCUGGUUAGGUUCAAUCCUAGGCAGAUCGUCCAUCGUCACGAGAGGAACUCGGACCUGGACACACUCCUCCUCCAUUGUGUUGACCGGCUCAUGCUGGAUCACCAAGAGAGUCGGCCUAGGGGUACCGUAGUGUAAGGACCGUCGGACACCAUCUAUUUCUCCAUUGGAAUGAUAUUGUCCGCUUUGGGCCUAAGCCCUCACGGAUUUGUUUUUGGGCACCUUCCCAAAAGGCCUCAUUCUAAUGGAGAUGGUGUCCAACUUUAUAUACCCAAGAUCCUUCCCAUUUCUAGCCAAUGUGGGACUUUGGUUGUACACCCAACAAUCCUCCCCUCAAACAAAGGACCACCUUGCCUCCCCUCAGACGAUUACAAAUCUAAACCUGAAUCCCUCGAUUCCAACACUCAAGAUCCCCUUGAGUAAGCUAGAUGAAUCCCUUCACCAGCUAGAUUCGAAAUCCUUUCGAAUACCUGAAUCGCUCGAUUCCAACACUCAAGAUCCCCUUGAGUAAGCUAGAUGAAUCCCUUCACCAGCUAGAUUCGAAAUCCCUUCGAAUCAGAUCUGAACCUCUGAUGGCUCUAGCAGCAAGCUUCACCUCCUUUGUUUGGCGGCUAAUUUUGGGAUCCGGCUCUGAUACCACUUGUAAGGACCGUCGGACACCAUCUAUUUCUCCAUUGGAAUGAUAUUGUCCGCUUUGGGCCUAAGCCCUCACGGAUUUGUUUUUGGGCACCUUCCCAAAAGGCCUCAUUCUAAUGGAGAUGGUGUCCAACUUUAUAUACCCAAGAUCCUUCCCAUUUCUAGCCAAUGUGGGACUUUGGUUGUACACACAACACGUAGUAGUAGAUAACACCCUAUCUUUUAGGUCGAUCAUUUUUGAGGAGUAUGGAACCAACUUACGCACGUGGCCGUCGCUCCAGAGGGGCAUCUAUGCUCCGGGGCUUAGGCAGUAUGUAGAGGAGUCCAGCCCCGAGUCAGAACCGAACCUAGAACCUGCGCCAGUUCGUGAGAGAAUCGCCUUAGGUUCUUCCAGCUCAGGGGGUAGGGCUCCCUUAGCAUUCAUUUACUUGUUGCUUUUAAACUUUCGCUUCUAUUUCUGUAUGAUUGGAUACCUGUAAUAACCAUGUUUUUUGUCCUUGGCAGAAGAGAUGUCUCAGCCCGGAGGUAAUCUGCGGGGCGUGGUCUUUGGCGGGAACCCCCCAGCGGGGCCAAGGUUGAAAAGGCUUCGAGAGUCCAAGAGCUCGGCUGGGACCUCCACCAAAUCCCCGGCUAAGGAGAAGGGAAAGACCCAGCCAUCCCAGGUCGAGGGGACGAUCCUCCCUGUUGCCCGAGCAGGGCACAUGCCCCCGCCGCCCCAGCGGUCUCCACCAGCCACCCAGAACGUGGUACUGGAGGUCGGGACUCCAGACGUACGCAUCCCGGUCGAUCCCCAGGAUCUUGGAAGGAUCCCAGAAGCAUUCCGGGGGACGGUGUAUGAGUCGGCGAGCUAUGUCGUCGGCCGCUUCUACAAACUCAAAGAGAAGGAUCUCCGGGCUAUUGAAGCAAUGAGCCUGGUCCGAGUCAUAGAGUCUUCGCUGGACAUGACCCUAACGGGCAUUGCUGCCGCUCAUUGAGGUAUCGCUAGGACCAAGGCUAAGCUCGAGGAGAUGGAGGCUGAGCGCCAGGCCGCCCUCCAGGAAGCUCAUGCGGCGAAAGAUGCGCUGGCGGCUUCGAAGGCCGAGCUAGAGAGGAGCCGCUCCGAGAACCGAGAACUUAAAACCUCCCUUGCCACUUCGCGAGCAGAUCUUGAGGCAGCGAAGACCGAGGCCCAGACUGCCCUGGAGGCCGCCUUGGAAGCUGAGCGGGCCAUCUCGGAGCAGUCCAUGCAGGACCUGUUCUAUCACUGCUGGGCCCAUAACCCGGAUGCGGACUUUUCUUUCAUGCCGUCGGACCUCUGGGCUUUUUUGCUGCCGAAGCUCCAAGCCCGACUAAACAAAGAGGUACCUCCCUCGGAGACUGGAGAGGCCUCCGUCGUGGCGAAGCAGGGCGAGACCGCAACCUCCAAAGGGCCAACUGAUGGGGCUUAGGACACUUCUCUUUGAGCAUUUUGAACUAUUUUAUUUUGUCUUUGUAAUUUUUUCAUGAGGUGUUUCCACCUCGAGACGAUUUGCCUUGCAAUUUCAACUUAUAUAUUUUUUCAUGCCUUUAGCUA